GAGGUUGGAGAAAGUCUUGUUUUGGGAUCUGGAAGGAGUUUCUGUACAGCCUGUUUUCUAUUAUAGGCGUAUUUAAGAAAGUGCAAGAAUUUUUUGGGCUGCAAACUGUGGCUGAAUUCACCAUGGAGUACAGAGGAGUCUGCCUGGUCUUGUGUCUCUUCUGCUUUGCGCAAGUCACUUUUCAACAAAAUGGUAAAAAGCAAAGGCAGUCAAAUAAAGAUGUAGUUAGCAUGAAAAUGUAUGAGGACCUGAAGAAGGAGGUUCAGAACAUCUGGCAAGAAGUGAACCAUCUCAAAGAGCAACAGUCUCUCACGACACUUUGUAUGAAAGGUAUGAAGAUCCACAACAAAUGCUUCCUGUCCUUUACUGAAGCAAAAGCCUACCACCAGGCUAGCGAUGUGUGCAUUGCACAAGGAGGGACUCUCAGUGCACCAGAAAACGGGGAUGAAAAUGAUUCUUUGUAUGAUUAUGUGCGGAAGAGCAUACAUUCCAAUGCAGAGAUCUGGAUUGGUAUUAAUGACUUGACAACUGAGGGUAUGUGGGUAGAUAUGACAGGAACCAAGGUCCCUUUUAAAAAUUGGGAGACUGAAAUCACCAAACAACCUGACGGAGGGAAGCAAGAAAACUGUGCAUCCUUGUCAGCUAUGGCAAUCGGCAAGUGGUCUGACAAAAACUGCAAAACUGAAUUGCCUUUUGUAUGUCAGUUUGCAAUAGUUUAGCUGCUUUGCCGAAUGUUGUCUAUCAUCCCAAGUUAAAGGGAAUGUAUGUCCUAAAAAUAAGAGUACUUGUUUUACUAAGGCAGUUUACAGACCCCCUUUCUUGGGGCAAAGGCUGUGGGCUGAUGGAAAUAUAAUUUAACCCAUUUUGUUCAUAGAAACCUUACGCAUACAUGUGGUCACAAUCAGCAUUAAGAUUUCUUAAUAGCCAUGCCAAUGUAAAAUGUAAAAUGUAUAAUAUAAGUAUAAUUGUGCAGUCAUAUAGCUACAGA